AUGGGCGACCACAAUGAUGAUAAUAUGAUGCCUGUCAGCGACUAUCUGGUGCUGAGGGGCGUGCCUUCCGAGCUUCAUUUUGUGGAUGUGUACGACAAUCAGCAUGCGUCGCUACGAUGCGUCACGCUCACGAACGUGUGUGAAGAUGAUGUGCACAUUCGUAUGCCUGACUCGGUGCAAGGCAUACGGUGGAUGCAGUUGCGCUCGUCGGCCGGCCCGCUUCAAGUAACGUGGCCGCCGUCUCUCGCCACCAACUCUGUGGCGUGGGCCCGCGAAGGCGGCUUGGAGUCUUCCAAUUUGCGUGCGAUGCGGCACCUUGCAGCAAACCUUGACGUUUGCACCAUGCUGACCAUCGAACCGCAGGGAACGGUGCAUUUGUUUGUCGAGGUUCAGGUGCGCGAGAUGCGCAGCUCAACACUGGUGGCGGAUCGACAGGCCGAGUGUGCUCUCCCGAUCGAGAUCGUGCGUGGUGAUAAGCACCAGCAUGUAACGAUUCCUGUAUCGAUACGUGCCUGCGAGCCGGAGCUUGUCAUGGAGUGUGUGAAUGCCGACGAGUCCAAGAGCGGUGGACGUGAUCGGCUGAUGGUGUUGGAUGUGGGCGAUGUGGUGGUGCACGAGCAUGUGGCGCGGGAUGUUCGUGUAUCGAAUGUGUCAGAUAUUGCCUGCUUUUUGCAGGUGCGCACGCAUGGCGUUCGUGACGACAGUCCCCUUACGAUCGUUGACCAAACCACACAUGAGCGCGUAGGCGCGGAGCCGAUCAUGCUAGUACCCAAAGAGGCGCGUGUAUUCACACUGGCGCUGGAGCCACGGGAGUCGCAUGCCAACUUUGAGCAGACCGUCACGUUUGAAAAUGCUAAUAUGCCGCACAAUGACGUGCGUGUAUUGGUGCGAGCCAAUCUGUUAGGUGCCGCGUCGGAUGGUGCAUUGGCUGUGCUAAGCGAAUGCCCGCUCGACUUUGGGGACUGCUGUGGCGGCCAAUGGACUCGGCAGCUGCUUGUCCUGAAAAAUGCGGGCGACAUGCCACUGGAUGUCAUGUUCCGCUCGGAAAAGGAUGCCGAAGCCACGUUUCAGCUAGCCGAGCUGGCCUUGCAAAGGGAAAGCGCUGAUGAUGUCGAUGUGCCGGACGAUGAUGUGCCAUUAGGCGGCACAUCAUCGUCUACGGCGCGCGUAGCCCCCGAUGCGGUCGAUUCACCUGAGGGACCUGUGCCUGACACGGACUCGGACAUCUCGUCCAAUGCGUCCCAGGCCGGCUCGCGUGCCGGCAGUCCUGAGCCACGCAUCGGUGGCGACGCGACGUCGCAUUCGAGCGAGACAGAUGCUGCGACACAGCAUGAUGGCAGUACGACGAGCUCGACGCGCCCAAGCAUCGCCCUUAGCAGCAGCGUGCCCUCGGUCGCUGGACCGAGUGUGAGUGGUGCGCCAUCGUCGGGUCAUCGUGCUGCCUCGUACUCGGUGAGUGCUCUCGCCACCUCACAACCACGCGGCCAGCGUCGGCUGCAUGAUCCUGUGGCGAUGCUACGUGGCGGCGGCGAGUCGCAGCACAACCAACUCGAAGAGCUCGUGAUGCAUCCAGGUGCCCAGUACCGCAUCGUCGUGUCGUACCGACCGCCGCGUGAGUCGGCGCACGAUGACUACACCGCCGGACGGCUGCGGCAGACCACGUUCCGCCUCUUUUUGGACUACGUGCGUGCAUCAGACAAUCGCCAUGGAGGUCGACAGCGCCGCGAAAUUGUAUGCUUUACUCGCACAUGCACACCCUUUAUCUCCGUGUCGCCCCGUGUCGUGGACUUUGGAAUGGCUGACGUCGGUGCGCGCAAGUCUGCUCAGGUCUCCAUCACGAACCAUUCCGAACUCGAGACGCGUGUGCUGCUGCGUUUCGUAUCCAAGGUGCUGAGCAUGUACACGGACGAAAUUGCCGUGCCAGCGCGCCAAACAGUCGAUCUCAAGAUGGACUUUUUUCCGCGGCGUAUCAACGAAUCGUAUCGCAAGCAGAUCACCGUGAUGAAUUUGCUCAAUCGCAGCAAUGACCAGAUCCUCGAGGUGCGCGCACGCAACGUCGAUUUGCAGCGUGUGAGUUUCCACUCGCUCUUCUACCGAAUCCUCACGAUGAGUGGCUCCAACUUCCUGGACUUUGGCGAUGUGAAUAUCCACUCACCCAGCGUGCGCAGCUUUGGCAUUCAGAACUUGUGCUCGACCCGCCUUUCGCUUGAAAUGAGCGUAGCACACCCCGAGGACCUGCAGCUCUUUGUCAAGGCGCCUCAGCUGCACACGACGCGCCCUGAUGUCCAGCGUGGUGCCGCCCGCAAGGAGCAGUUCCUCGAGGCCAUUUCCACGGACACGCCAUCAUUGCAGCGCGUGCCGCCGGCCAAGCGAGUCACCCAUACGCCGCGCAGCCAUGUGAUUGCCCUCAAGCGCGGUAGUCGCGGCCGUGCGACAUGGCCGUGCGGCGCCUCUGUCACGUAUCGCGAUCGCUCCCUGCUACAUACCCUUGCGUACCUCGAUCUCGCUGCUGGCACACCUGGCGCGGCAGAUCUGCGCCACCGUCAUCGAGAUGUUCGUGUCUCGCGCAAUAGUCGGCCGCCCAGUCGUGCCGUCCAGGACCCGGCUCCGCCACCGCCACCCUCGGCGCCAGCGUCAGCUUCGACACCGCCGCCGCCAUCGACCGCGGCUGCUGGUGCAUCACCUGCUCUCACAGGCACAUGGCACCGUGCCACGCGCUUCGCAGAUCCACAAGAUGUCGCCCAUCUCGACUUGGACUCGCUCAUUGCCGCACUCGAGCAUCAACCGGCGUCCUUGUCGACCUUUUUUGUCCGCAAUGUGGAGGCCGAAGAGCGACUGGUGCGGACGGAAAUCAACUUGCAACGAGCCUUGCACCAAGCGAUCACGUCCGGUCAACUCGUGCCGAUUGGGCUGCUGGACGUUCCACCACACAUGAUCAUGCAAGUGGUCGCGGUCUAUACGCCGCAUGGGAGCACGCGGCCGCAUAUCCAGGGCAACGCGCGCAAGCAAGACUCUCGGAUCUUUUUGCGGCUCCUCGAGUUUGAUACGCGGCGUGCUAUGGGCGUGCCCGAGUUUGAGGCGCUUCGAGAGCGUGACAUUGACGAACUGCCCGUGCGCGACCUAAUGGUGCGCUCGAGUGUGUGUCGCAGCAUGCUAGAGCUCGGCCAGCCCCACAUCAACUUUGGUCAGAUGGACAAGGGCGAUCACCGUGACCGCAAGAUCUGGAUUCAAAACCGCAGCGAAUGGGCCUUGCGGUACUGUAUCCGAAAGAGUGGCAGUAUCGCGUCCGGCGAUAUUCGUCUCGGGCGCGGGCGCUACGGUAUCGUACCGGGCUAUGGCAAGCGCGGCGUCGACUUCACCUUCUCACCCUCCUUAUCGGGUCCGUUCCACGAGCGUUUGCUCGUAGAAAACGUCGCUGACCACGAUAAUGACCAAGCGAUUAUCCUCAAGGCAAAUGUGCGAAAGGUCGCCAACUUUGCGCUCGAUCCUUCGUCGCUCGACUUUGGCACGUGCUACACGGCCGAUGUGUCUAUGCCUGAGAGUGUGCUUCUCUCCAACACGACAGCCAAGCAGCGCACCUUUGUAGUGCGCCUGGAUGACAGCGUCAGUGAGGCACUCUCGUUGGAUGUGCUCGUGUCGAUGAGCGAUGAUAGCGCGACGCGACGCGCCCUCUCGACAGAAGAAGAGGAGGAGGUCGAGACGCUUUUCCAAAAACUCAAGAUUGCAAGCCGCAAAGGGAAUCUCGAUAAGCUCGCCAAGUAUCGCGACCGCCUCACGCAACUGGGCGUUGCGAUACCCUCCACAGCUGUGGGCUCUGCCGAAGAACCAGCUGCAGAUACGAAGGACAGCGCCCACGACGACGAUCUGCAGCGGUACACGCUCUUGACUUGUGAUCGGACGUGCACACUCACGACCACGAUCGGCGCGCAGAGCUCACAAAAACUCCUGGUGCGUGUGCGGCCAUGCAAACGCGCAGAUCAGCCACCUCAUGACGUGCAGAUUCCCCUGCAAGUGCACGAACAGAAAAACAGUGAUGAAAAACGGCAUGUCAUGGUGCAUGCCCGUGUAGAAUGUUGA